CACUAAUUGACUUACCCCUCCUUGGCUACAAUAACAUGGCAGGCUUGCAUUCAUUUGCUUUUUGAUUACGCCGAAUCCCCCUUGGCAAUUAACUCUCACAGCGAUAUACGACCGACCAUUGUCCUGUUUCAUUCAUUCUCUAGCUCAUCCAUCAACCCAGACACUGAGUCCAGCCAAGACAUAAUCUCAGCCACCAUGUCCACCACCGACACCGCAACCACCACCACCAAACCGGCCUGGUACCAAACCAGCGUCACAGCCAUCGACCCGGUCGCGCAGUCCCUGCUGGAGGAUUACAGCGGGCUCGCACCCGAAGAGGUCCUCCCGCAUGUCUUAGCUCUGAGAGAUGAAGCCUUCAGCAUCUUCCCAUACCCCUGCAUCGGACAAAUGCGGUUCCUAAGCUGCCACCUCGCCCGCCUCCCCUUCUACCCACAAGUCCUGGCACGCCUCCGCGCCUCCCCAGCCAACGGCUUCCUGGACGCAGGAUGCUGCGUCGGCCAAGAGCUGCGCCACCUAGUGCACUCCGCCUCGAUCCCGGCGUCCCAGCUGCACGGCUUCGACCUGGAACCCGGGUUCUUCGAGCUGGGCUACAAGCUCUUCCGCGACAAUGCGGAGACGUUCCCCGCGACAUUUGUGAGCGGGGAUCUAGGGGCGUCGGAUGAGGACUGGACGGCGGGCGAGAUCGUGAGUAAGGUGAAGGGUAAGGUCGACGUCGUUUGGGCUGGCUCGUUGCUGCAUUUCUGGGACUACGAGGGUCAGCUCCGUGGCGUGGAGCGGUUGAUCGGUUUGACGCGGGGUGGACCGGGGACGGUUGUCUGUGGGCGCCAGAUGGGGAGUACCGUUGCUGGCGUGUAUGAGUUGACUGGGUUGAUGGAUAAGACCAUGCACUACCGCCAUGAUGUGGGCAGUUUGCAGCGCUUUUGGCGCGAGGUGGAAGCGAGGACGGGGACGAAGUGGGAGGUGCAGGCUGAGUUGGAGGUCGGGGAGACUACGACCAAGAUGCGGAAUAUGAGCUUUGUGGAUGAUAAUGCUAGGGUCAUUUGGUGGUGUGCUACCAGGGUGCAGUGAGUGUUUUCUUGCAUGGGAAUUGGAAAUCAUGAGUAUGACCAGGACAUGAGAAUGGGAAUAAAGGUAUCUGUCUCCUGGCUAGGUUUUCAUAGAUACUGUGUGUGCGGUAUGUCGAUAUGUACUACCGGAUAUCCACAUCCAUCUUCACCAUGAUCCC